GCAUUACGGUUAACUGUUGUGUACAUCGACGACAAAUGAAGCCAACACCACUUUCAAUCCACCGUGUGUAUAUGGAAAAGCUGUGCUGUAGCAUUUAUGGCGUCGCUAUUCCGAAUGCUCUUCUCGAUGAAGUUACAGAUUCUUGACAUUUGUGGGCUUAUUUGGAUAUAACAUUUGAGUGCAAUCUUCAGCUUAUUUGCGAUAUCUCCAACUGAAGUUGCUGAAAUAAUCAAAAGCUGCGUUUCUUGUUGAAUGACAGCUUUUUUGCCUCCGACAUGGGCUUGUCGUCUGUUAUUUGCUCGGGAAGUCUGGGCAGGGUAAUCCUGUGGUGCGCCGCGGUUGAGAGCCGAGUAUGAUAUUAAAUUCAUCCAACUUGAUCGUUGCAAUAUGUUUGCAGGAAGCUUUGACAAAGUACCAGCUGAAUCGGACAAAAAGUCUUAUUAUUUCCACAGGUGAUUGAUUCUGGUGUAAAACUGAGUUAAAAUGGCUGCAGCUUGGUUGCCAUUUGCUCGGGCGGCGGCUAUCGGAUGGGUACCGGUAGCCCCCAACCCAAUGCCGGUUCUCCCCGAGCGGCGCCGCAAUGAACACUUUGGACGUGUGUGUAUCAAUGUCAGUGGUAGGAAGUUCGAAACAUGGAGGCACAUGCUAGACAAAUACCCUGAUACAUUAUUGGGAAGCAGUGAAAAAGAAUAUUUCUAUGAUGAGGAAUCAAACCAGUAUUUCUUUGACAGGGACCCAGACCUGUUCCGCCAUAUCUUGACUUUCUAUCGCACAGGUACUAUGCAUUUCCCAAGGGAAGAAUGCAUUGCAGCAUUUGAUGAGGAACUGGCAUUUUUCGGACUUAUGCCCGAAAUUAUAGGUGAUUGUUGUUAUGAAGAUUAUCGUGACAAGAAGCGUGAUAAUCAAGAAAGGCUAAUGGACGAAAGGAUCUCAGAGAUGGGGGACAAUGUUCCACUCACCACUUUUCGAGAAAAAAUGUGGAGAGGAUUUGAAAACCCCCACACCGGAACACCCGCUACUGUUUUUUAUUAUGUGACAGGAUUUUUCAUUGCCGUGUCCGUCAUAGCAAACAUUGUAGAGACUGUUCCAUGUUCCCCUCUACCUGGUACUGUGACUACAUUAUCGUGUGGCGAACGAUAUGAACGGUCCUUCUUUUGCCUUGACACAGCCUGUGUCAUGAUCUUCACUGUGGAAUAUUUACUCAGACUUUAUGCAGCUCCCAGCAGAUGGAAAUUUGCAAGGAGUGUGAUGUCUGUUAUAGAUGUAGUGGCCAUUCUGCCAUACUACAUUGGCUUGUUCUUCAAAGACGACAGCCUCAGUGGCAUGUUCGUCACACUCAGAGUAUUUCGUGUCUUCAGAAUUUUCAAGUUCUCGCGGCAUUCACAAGGAUUACGCAUAUUGGGAUACACACUAAAGAGUUGUGCUAGUGAACUAGGGUUCUUACUCUUCUCUAUGUCCAUGGCAAUUAUUAUAUUUGCCACAAUCAUGUUCUAUGCUGAAAAAUACACAAAGGACACCAAGUUUUACUGCAUUCCUGCAGCUUUCUGGUAUACUAUUGUAACCAUGACUACGCUAGGAUAUGGUGAUAUUGUUCCACAGACCAUCAUAGGUAAAAUUGUAGGUGGAGUUUGCGCACUGUCCGGAGUUCUUGUCAUAGCGUUGCCAGUUCCUGUUAUCGUCUCCAAUUUUAGCCGAAUCUACCAUCAAAGUCAAAGAGCAGAUAAAAGGAAAGCCCAAAGAAAAGCAAGACUUGCAAGGAUAAGAUUAGCCAAAAAUGCGAGUGGAAAUGCCUUUGUAUCGAGGAAGAAAGAGGCGGAUAGGCUAGCUCAGAGUGGAGUUAGCAGUGAUGACAUGAAUCUUAAGUAUAGUCCAUAUGAAGCCCAACACCAUCACUUACUCAGUUGUCUGGAGCGAACAACGGUAAGUUUCAUCUCUAUAAUGCUAAUUGAAUACAAAAUGAAUAAAUAAUGAAACAUCAUAUGUGGUUAUCGACUCUUAUAGUUGUUUAAUACUAUCCCAUUUACAGAUAUAAAGCUAGACUUAAAUAACAGGUGUUGUACAAUUAUGUAUGAGUGCAUUAAUGUAAAAUAUACAUGUGUGUGUCAGAGACUGUCAGUAAUUCAGGUAAGCUCAUCAAAUAUUACCCAACAGAAAUAGAAUCAUUUACACAAUGACAUAACCCAUAAUUGAAUCUUCACUAACUGCUACAUCACACAUAAAUUGCUUGCAGGCUGGCUUAUCAAUGUAAUAUUCAAAGAUAGACUUUGGUACUGAACACAUGGAUACAUCUAAAUCUGCUUCAGUAACCAUCAUUUCUUGCAAUCACAUGUCUAUAAAGGACACACUUCUUGUCUUUGUUUAUAAUUGUGCUUUACGUUAAUAUACAUGGGUUUACUUGAUAUUCUGUUUUGGCUUAUUCUGCCAAUAAUCAGUAAGUAUUUCUGUGCUUUGUCCGUGAUGUUCAUCUUGUUCUUAUCAUGGCUUUCCUAAUCACAACAUUUUAUUUAAAAGAUGAAUUUUAUUAUAGGCUGGUGUUUACCAUGGUAGUCCAUGUCUAGCGGGCAUAGGGUACCUGUUCAGACACAGAGAAACCUAUGAAAAUUCACUAAGCAUAUUCAAAACAUUUUUAUAAAGGUCGAUGUGAAUAAUCAUGCACUGGGGAUCAUAAAAUCUAUAUACCCAAAUACUGUUUGAAUAAUAUGCAUUUUUAUAUAAGUAAUAUAUGCUUGAAUAAUGACAGUUUGCCAAACAUCAUGAUAUAUCAACAAUACAUGAAGACCAUCUUCAUUUACAUCUUUGAACAUGAGAGGACCCUUUUUAUUAAUUUUUAACUAUUCUACUAUAUCUUAUUAUUAAACUCAUGCUGCCAAAUCAAUAAUGAAAUUUUUUUGUCAUUUUUGCAAAAUGUGUAUAGAGUUUUUUUUUGUGGUAGUCUGAAUUACUAGUAUAUGUAUGCAAUGGGAUUUCUGAAGUGAUGUAUGUAGAAAGAAAAGAUGAUUAUAAACCAGCAGCUGUGUGGAGAGAUUAAAAUGACUAGAGGCUAUAGAUUCCACUGAUUGCAAAUCAGAUCCCACAUCACAGACUACAUAUAUCAUCUUGUGAUUGAAAUCCGUUUCUGAGGAGGGAAAGAGAGUGUAUCUGCAAUGUAUGCAGUAUGUGUAAGGGUGUGUUUGUGUGUGUGAGAGAGAUCUAUAAUCCACCUUUCAUUCUUAAAAAUGCAAACAAGCAACAUGUAAAUUUAAAUCCAAACAUUUUUCUAUUUAUUUUUAUUGAAUAGUCUGAAUUAAGAUUAUUUACCAUCAAAUUAAAUGACUGAGUAUGCAAAGUGAUUUUUUUUAAUUAUCUUCAUCAUUGAGUAAUAUUAUCCUUCAAAGGACAAGUCAUGUGAAAUUAAUGAAGAUUAUCUGAUUGAUGGAUGAUAACAAUAAGUGAAUAUUAGACUAAGGUAUCAAAGGUUCAAUUAGUCUUUUUUUUUAAUCCAUUAAAAUUCAUAAAGAAUAAUAAGUAUUUUAAAGCAAUAGGUCUUCAAAUUCGAUCUUUAUUCUCCAAAAUUAUAUUUAAAAAUACAAAAUUUAAAUGAUACAUAGAAUGCCAUAAUACAUAACAAAAAAAUAGCACAAAAUUGAACUAAGAAAAAAAAAUGUUUUGCCUACAAAAUAGAGAAAAAUGGUAAUAGUAAUUACCACCUGGUAUAUUGAAUACAUAGUUCUUAAUACUUAAUUUAACUUUGCUUUAAACUCUAUUAUUUUCAAGAAAUUGUUUUAAAACUUUGAUACAAAUUGAUGAAUAAUUGAUAACAAGGGAUAUAACCCAAAUUGACUGGACACAUUGACUCCAGAAUGAAUUAAAUGAGAAGUCCCUUUGAUUAUCAAGUGAUUUGAUUUCAAGACCAUGUGCAUCAUACAGAUUCUAAUGUCUAGGGUAUGAUAUCAUAUCAUAUAUGGCACAAAAUUUAUUUAUCAUACUGAAAUCUUUCAAUGUCCAGUGAUUGAGUCAGUCAUUAAGAAUGCAUUAAGGAUAUCAAUUAAAGCAUUGUGCUUUGAUAUUCCAUUUAUUUUCAAGCCUGCUCUGGUGGAUUCAUGCAAAAUGCAGAAGUGAGCCUUUUACCAUAAGAGACUCCGGAAUUGAUGAAGGUCAACAAAUUGAGUGAUUCUUUGAUGUAAUAUGAUUUGAUGUAUUGAUUUAGUUUGUAAAGGUACAUUGGUCUUUGGUAUAUUUGAUGUACAGUGUAAGGCUGUGAAGGAGAAUGAAAGUUUAUUCAUAGUUGAAGGGAAAAGAUAGUCUGAUGCAAGAUUUGGAAAAAAAUAUGCCAUUUUGUCCAGACAUGCUCAUGCAAAAGAGCAAAAGGGAUGUUGAUGGAAAUGUUGGUAAAGAAAGGAAAAGGGAGAAGUUAAAAGACAAAAUAGAAACAGGAAAUUGAAAAUGAGCUAAAAUGAAAUAGAAGGAUUAUUUUGUCUCCAUUCACCUAUAAUUUGCAUUGUCACCGCUCAAUGUGAUCAAAGCUACAUGUAACUAGGGAUAUCUGUCUCCAAAUUGAAAAAUAUAAUGAUGCCUAGGGUAGUGUAUACUACUUUUCAAAAGAACUUUGAUAGAAAAUAUAAUGUUCUCAUGUAUCUCACAUUCCAGAUUAAUACCUUUUUUUUUCAGGACCGAUCGAAGAUAGUUAGCUAUAUUCAUAUCCACUCCAUUUUGAAGAAAAAUGUUUGUGUUUUUAAAUGCAUGUCUUUCCUUAUCCACACAUUAAUUUAUUGAAAAAUUUUCAGUAUAAAUUUUAAGGGAGAUAGAUUAGUAAGCAAAUACACCAAGCAAAAAAAAUUUGUCCAAGCAUGCUGGUCCCUAACAUUAGUGUGACUCCAUUAUCUAAACAUGUAUUUUGAAAGAUUUGGAUGAGAGAGAUAGGUCGAGGGAAAAUGGAAGAAGACAGAGAAACAGGAUUAGAGAGAAGAAGAGAGGGAGAGCAAGAAAAGGGAAGAGGGAGUAGAAAAACAAGAAUGCACCAAGAGAAUAUUGUAUAAUCUCACUGUGAGAUGGAUUGAUAUGAGUAGUGACUUGGCAUAUAGGGAUGACCUUUUAUCAAUCUACUGUAUCUCCUUCUCUGAUCUGACUUUGAAUAAGUCCUUUCUAUUAAUAUCAUGUUAAUACCUUUCCACAUUCAGCAUGAUAACUAUCUAUUCAAAGACAUGUUUUCUAUAAAAUCUUAUGCAUUUGAAAAAAAGGAAAAUUUGUUACUUUUGAAUACAAUGUUUUAUCAGGAAUCAUAACAAUAUGAUUUUAUGUAAGUAAUUCUAUUUUUUUAUAUAUAAUUUUUUCUACAAAGAGUGUGUGGUAUAUUCAUCUUUUUUCAAACUUUAAAAUCUGUGCUUCUCAUCUUUUGAAUAUACAAUCAUUUUUGUAUGAAUUCAAUUGAAUUUCAAAUAUUUAUCGAUUUAAUUUUCAUUUUAUAUAAUGAAUAUUGUUAUGAACCACUUUUAAUUGUUGAAAAAGUGAGAAUAUAGAAUGAAUGGAGUUUUUAUGACGUGCAUAUAAAUAUGCAGAUUUACUACUGAGAGUUUUAAAUGAUUUUAUUUUUGUAAAAGUUACUGUAUGAAUGCACAUGUAUUAAUACAUAAUGUACAUUGUUUGCAGAAUACAUGCAGAACACAUUAUGUGUUUAAUUUUUAAUGGAGAAAAGUUGAGCAUUUGAAAACCGAGAAUCUUUGCCCGAUACUUAAUGUGUGUUACAAAAAUAGAUUUGAGAUAUUAUGGAUAAGCUUACGAAAAUGGCUCUUAAGGGGGUUUGAGCAGCUCGGCAUCUCCAUCUCAAAUUGCGGUGUUUUAAUACAUGUGGAACCGAAGGAAGAGCAGCAAUAUCGCUGUCAGGGGUGAUUUCAUCACCAACCUAACGUGCCUGGGAUAUUCAAUGAAUUCUCAAAAGUACCCCUGGAGAGAAAAAUGGGGAAAAUAGGGGGAAAUGGCUUAUUUCAUGCUUGCAUAUUCCUAUUAUAGAAACAAUUAAACAGUUAAGCAUAUAGAGUAUCAGUAUAAACAUAGAGAAUGUAUUGCUACCACUAGGUACAGGAGAAUCCAAGUAACACAAGCAAUACACAAGCUGUAGAAACAGUUUUAGACUAAUUAUGAUACGAAGUAAAAAAUUCUCCAAUCAGCAAAUAUUAAAUCAAUUAUGCUUCCUUUUAUAGAUGAAGGAAGAAAAUUUAGAUAUUAGGUUGAAACAUGGUAGAAUAUUUGAAGGAUGGGAGACUGGUUUUGUGGUUUGGUGGCCACUCUACCCUGGUAACCAGCAAUGUCUCGGAGUUGUAGCAAGGGAACCAGAGAUUCACAUAAGUUGUUGAUUGCUUCAUGAGUUAGGAUGGGCUCGUUGUGUAUUUAUCUCAAUUUGUAUUAGAAAAUUGAUAAGGAAGUCCUGUUCAAGACAGAAAUGGAAUUGAAAAAGUCUUGUCUUUUGACAUUCUGCUAAUUUAAGAGUUUAUAAUAGUCUGAGAUGAUAAAUGAGAUAUAGAAGCACAUGAUGAACAUUGUGAGAGCUCAAGCUCAUGAUUAGUGAUGAUUAUAUGAAAUUGACAUUCUUGACUUCAGAUUUGCAAAUACAAAGCUAAAGACAUUUUAAUUUACUAAUGGAUAAUUCCCAUUUCGGUUUAUGAUAAGGUUUCUCCAAUAUUCCUUAGAUUUAACUAUUUCGUUUAACUUGCGCAAGUGAAAGUGAUGUUAUUAGUCAAGUGGUUAUUUAUAGGGAGCUUUCUACAAUUAAGCCCAAACUAGGUUGUCUUUACAGCUUUGUUGUAAGAACCGCAACCCUGUUACAUGCUAAGCAAAUCUGAAUGAUUGGAAUAGCUCAGAUUGCAUUUUGACACAGCUCUUUAGUGUCUGCUGUCUUGAAAAUGAGUACCAUUAGAUGACCUGACUAAUCUGGGGUUCACAUCAACAGGGGUUCACCUGUACAAUAACAUUAGUGUUGAGAUAAAAAGACAAGAUUGUGAUGUUUAGAGGUCACAAGGUUUCUUGGAGCUUAUCUACCUUUAAUAGACCAGCAUUGUGAUAAUUGAAUUCAUUUUUAAAGAAGUUAGUUUGCACAAUUUCAGAAGUGUAAUCAUUUUAAAGAUCUCUCUCAAUUUAAUUUGAUACAGAGGUUCUUGUUUUUUUUAUACCUUUUUAAAUCUCUGUCAUUCUUGUGUCAAAUAAUCAUAUGGAGUUCACAAUUUUAUAAAAUACACAUUUUUGAAAGAAACAUAAAAAUGGAAAUGAUUUGAAAAUACAAUAUGAGAGUAGAAUGUCAAUGAUCAUGUUAAACUGCAUCGAUUGUGGUCCCUGUAAAUGCCAAUAAUUCAUACAAUUUUGUAUUAAUGUUUUUUUAUAUGAUUUUUUUUCAUGAAAAUCAACAUUUAUGAAAAAAAGAACAUUAAUUCACUCGUUGUCGCAUCACAUUUUCAAAAAGAGUUCCAAUCAUCUAAUGAUACCAUCUGUUGGGCUUCAUCAAGGCCCAUUGAAAUCAAUACUAAAACACUCUCAACUCCCAUCCUAUUAGAUCUAACUCUUAGAUUAAACCUUUGCACUCAAUGUUGCCAUCUGCUUUGCAAAGAAAACUAUUGUCUUAGCCCUGAUUAAUGCUAUAUGAGUAGGAAUGUUGAUUAUAUAAACUGAGUCUUGAUUACCUGCACAUUGUCUUUUACUGUAUUACAUCCCACCGCUGCCACCUUAUUCACUUCCCUACAUUUUUAAUGUAUAACAAUCAAUGUUCAACAGAUCAGAAAAUCCCAUAUUCAAUUAAAAUGCAUUUUAACAUUGUGUGCUAUUAAUUUUUUUUUUUACAAGUGAACAAUGCAAAUUUCAAGUUCUUUGAUAAUUUUGUCUAAUACCUUAAACUUAAUAACAUUUUGAAAUCUGAAAGAUUGGUUGUAUUUCAUUUAGGAGAGGGGGAACAUGUCAGACAUUGUGGAAUAACCUCAAUGAAAACAUCAACAGAGUUGACAUUCAGUUAUUUUUUUAAAGACAACAUUAGUUUAGAUUUUUCAAAUAUGAUGAUUAUGUUAUGUCACUUUCAAAAAAAUUUGGUUUUAAAAGGGUAUCAGACUUUUCUUUGAAAAGGUUUGUGAUGUAUUGAUCUUAUUCCUCUUUACAAGUAUCCUUUGUUGCAGUGGAACCACUUUAUUUGAAAUAUAAUUCAGCUAUUUGUAUGCUUCUACUCCGUAUGGUAAUUUCUUUGAAAGCACCUGUUCAUUUAUUUCAUGACUAAGAAGUGAUGUGUAAGCCCUAUAUAUGUUUUUUUUUAUAGAUAAUUUAGAUCUGAUAUUUUGUAGAGGAGAAUGAUAUUAUAUUAACAUUAAUUGAACUUUUCAGAAAAAAAACUACUCACAGUCUUGUACACACAUAUUCACAUUUUUGACAGAGGGAAAAUUAAAUUUUGCUCUAUGCUUCAAACUGAGAUAUAGUCAGCUUGUAUAGGAACUGUUAUCCUUUGAUUUCCUGAAACUACGCCUGGUAGAAUGGUUAGAAUUGAUUGUUGUGUGAUAUUUCCAUAGGUACAUGACAUGUAGUGGGUGAAUGCUUUGAUAGACAGUACAGCUUCCCCUGAUAAUCUGACCUUUAAAGUACAUAUCAUCCCAGUGACCUAUGCUUGCAGUUAAAAUGUUAAUUGGAAGAGAGUGGGUGCACUUGGUCAGCUUUCUUCAGUUCUCAACUUAUUUUUAUUUUCUCCUAAUGUAUAUCUUAAUCCUUGUCUCACUCCAUCAAUCUAUCUCUCAUUCUUACACUUUCCCUUUUCUUUACUUUUAUUAUCUCCCGAGAUUCCUCUCUCUUCAAUUGUACAAUCUGGAAGCUUUACAUAUUCAUCAUCAAUUAUUACAUCACUAUUGCCAACGAGUUUUUGCCAUUGCUCAUCUUUACUUACUAUGAUUGUCAUAAUCUACUAAUAUUUUAUAUAUCAGAUUUUCUCAUUUACUUUUCUUCCUCUAUAUUUGUUAUAAUUCAUUUAUUAAUUUUCCAAUUCAUUAUAUUUUAUGUCUUUCAUUCCUUACCGUUCCUAGCACUUCUUCUGAUGCUCUCAUCCUCUCUUUGGAUUUAAAGCUGACCAACAAUGUCUAACCUAAGUUCUCUGAAAGAUUUGAUGCCACCUCCCAAAUUAAAUUUGUGCUCCCCAGAGGAGAAGGCCCUGUUUGUUGAUUUUGAUUUCUAUGUGAUAUAUGCUGGUCACUACCCCCAGAGGGUUGAACAAACUAAAUGAGAGUGAAUGAGACAGCGAUAGAGAAUGAUAAAGAGAGAGAGGGGGUAAAGAGGUAUAAAGAGGGAGAGAGAGAGAGGGAGAGAAAGUGGGGGGUAAGGGAUUGAUACAUGUAGGCGGCAAUGAAAUUGUUUUUAAAAGCAAGCACCGCCGGUUGAGCAAACUAUGAUAUCUCCAAAAAGAGAUAUGGCUAUACAGGAUUUAUAUUUAUAAAUAUAUAUAUUGGAAUGUGAUGAGUAAAUGAUUUAUGUAAUUUGUCAAUUCAGUUUGCAAAUGGACAAGAGAAUGGAAAGGUGAAGAAAAGUAAAGUGAUGGAUCUUACAUGAUAGUGAUCAGGUUUAAAUGAAAAAAAUAAUUGCCAUUUAGAUGUCAUAGUAAUGUUAGAUUUUAUACAAUUAAAUUGGUUUACAUAUCAGUAGGUGGAUACAUAUUACCUGUUUAGAACUAAAUUCUUUAAUUUCCAUAGAUUAUGUGCAGUGACCAAAAUCUUUAUGUUCAAAGGGG